UCCUCCUGCUGCCCUGGUGCGUCUCCAAUCUCUACAUGUUGGCUUCAUCUAAACGAAUAUGCUGUUGGUUAAAGAAUAUGCUGUUGGUUACCUGUUCUUCAUGGUGGUGCAUUGUGGCUUGCAGUGAUGACUUGGUGGUGCUUUGGUGGCUCGCAGUGAUGACUUGGUGGUGCUUUGGUGGCUUGGAGUGAUGGCUUGGUGGUGGCGCUUCUACGGCAUGUUGCUUGGCUGCUCUUGUUGCUGGUGCUCUUGAUGGUUGUUGGCUUGCUUCUGUGGUUUGGUGGCAUGCUUGUUGGUUGGUGGCUUGCUUCUACGGUAUUGUGCAACUUAUUUAAGAAUGCAUCAAUUUUUACGCGAUCGCUGGAUCCUUCCAAUAUUGCCUCAUCAUUCAAGCUAAUUUUUUCAAAAAAAUCCAAUUAUAAUAAGUUACCAGCAAUCGUAUGGGACGACCACAAUGAGCAAAGAAGCAGUGAUGUCGAUAACAGCUACGGAGAAUGGGGUAAUUUUGUAAUUAAUUCUGGUGCUUCUACUUCCUUUGAUCAAAUGCCUCCACCUCAAACCUCUGUGCCUUCGAAUUUACCUACAACAAUAAUGGCUAACGGCAAUUCGGAUGCUUUUCAUUGCCACAAUAGAUUUGAGAAUGAGCUAAAUGUUAAUGAAACAAGCAAGCGGGCUACCAGAGUACUUUGGUUGUCAAUUGGAGUUUGCUUAUUAUUUAUGAUUUGUGAAGUUAUUGGCGGUAUAUGGGCUCAGUCUCUAGCUAUCAUUACUGAUGCAGCGCAUCUUUUAACGGAUUUAGCGAGCAUGCUAAUUUCUUUAUUUUCAAUUUAUAUUGCAAGCCGUCCCGCUUCACAAAGAAUGAGUUUUGGAUGGCACAGAGCAGAAGUGUUUGGCGCCUUUGUAUCAAUAUGCCUUAUUUGGGUUGUUACUGGAAUUUUAGGAAACUAUGACAUUGAUGCUACUAUAAUGAGUAUAACCGCUGCAAUUGGAGUGGGAGUAAAUUUCAUAAUGGGCUUUUUGCUUUACUUUGGUGGACAUUCUCACUCACACAACGGAACAACACAUGCUCACGAAAAUGGUGGUAGACGUAGAAAUGAGAUUGAUUCUGAGUAUUCGAAUGUUGACCCUAAUUUUUCUGAGGAAGAUGAACGAUUUCCUCUUGUUCAACAAAACAACAAUGACGAAGCAAAAUUACAUUCUGCCAAUCAAGCAAAUAUUAAUGUUCGUGCUGCCUUUAUUCAUGUUUUAGGUGAUCUUAUACAAAGCUGCGGUGUACUUUUCGCCGGUCUAAUGAUCUUCUGGGAGCCAAGUUUACAAAUACUUGAUCCAAUAUGCACGCUGGUUUUUGCAAUAAUUGUUCUUAGGUAUUUUUAG